AGUCCCAUCAAGCCUGCUCCUAGGAAGAGAGCUGGGUUUUUUUCUCCUUCUUCCACUCUUAGGAGAUGCCUGAUCUUCUUGAGCAGUCCAGCACAAGCUAAUCCACAAGGGUCAAUCAGGCUAAGUAAUUGGAGGAAUGUGUUAACUCUGAAUUACAACGAGCAGAAGGGAAGGAUCUGUCAGCUGACUAAUCAGGGAUAGUGCUUUUUUUUUUUUUUUUUUUUUCUCCCCAGCGCUGCUGCCGCUGUGCUAAUGGAAGCAGCUACGGCAGCUUUGUUUGAUAGAGAUUUUUGGCUGCCGUUUUUAAAUACUACCCAAGAAGCAGCUCAUAUUUCAUCAAUGUUGCAUUGACAAUUGGAAAAGAAGAGUGUAAUUGUGUAUAGGCGAAAUGGCAGAAGCAAAUCCCCCGAGAGGCAAGAUGAGGUUCAGAAGGAAUGCGGCUUCCUUCCCUGGGAACUUGCACUUGGUUUUGGUUUUACGUCCUACCAGCUUUCUUCAACGAACGUUCACAGACAUUGGAUUUCGGUUUAGUCAGGAGGAUUUUAUGCUUAAAUUACCAGUUGUUAUGCUGAGCUCAGUUAGUGAUUUGCUGACAUACAUUGAUGACAAGCAAUUAACCCCUGAGUUAGGCGGCACCUUGCAGUACUGCCACAGUGAAUGGAUCAUCUUCAGAAAUGCUAUAGAAAAUUUUGCCCUCACAGUGAAAGAAAUGGCUCAGAUGUUACAGUCCUUUGGAACUGAACUGGCUGAGACAGAACUACCAGAUGAUAUUCCCUCAAUAGAAGAAAUUCUGGCAAUUCGUGCAGAAAGGUAUCAUCUAUUGAAGAAUGAUAUUACAGCUGUAACCAAAGAAGGAAAAGUUCUGCUAACAAAUCUGGAAGUGCCUGACACUGAAGGAGCUGUCAGUUCAAGACUAGAAUGUCAUCAGCAAAUAAGUGGUGACUGGCAAACUAUUAAUAAGUUGCUGACUCAAGUACAUGAUAUGGAAACAGCUUUUGAUGGAUUUUGGGAAAAACAUCAAUUAAAAAUGGAGCAGUAUCUGCAACUGUGGAAGUUUGAGCAGGAUUUUCAACAGCUUGUGACUGAAGUUGAAUUUCUGUUAAACCAACAAGCAGAACUGGCUGAUGUAACAGGGACUAUAGCUCAAGUAAAACAAAAAAUAAAAAAAUUGGAAAACUUAGAUGAAAAUUCUCAGGAGCUGUUAUCAAAGGCCCAAUUUGUGAUAUUACAUGGACACAAGCUUGCAGCAAAUCACCAUUAUGCACUUGAUUUAAUCUGCCAGAGGUGCAAUGAGCUACGUUACCUUUCUGAUAUUUUGGUUAAUGAGAUAAAAGCAAAACGGAUACAACUCAGCAGGACCUUCAAAAUGCAUAAACUCCUACAGCAGGCUCGUCAAUGCUGUGAUGAAGGGGAAUGUCUUCUAGCUAAUCAGGAAAUAGAUAAGUUUCAGUCUAAAGAAGAUGCUCAGAAAGCCCUCCAAGACAUUGAAAAUUUUCUUGAAAUGGCUCUACCCUUUAUAAAUUAUGAACCUGAAACACUGCAGUAUGAAUUUGAUGUAAUAUUAUCUCCUGAGCUUAAGGUUCAAAUGAAGACUAUACAACUCAAGCUUGAAAACAUUCGAAGCAUAUUUGAGAACCAGCAGGCUGGUUUCAGGAACCUGGUACAUAAGCAUGUGAGGCCAAUCCAAUUUGUGGUACCCACACCUGAAAAUUUGAUCACAUCUAGAACACCAUUUUUUUCCUCUAAACAAGGGAAGAAGACUUGGAGACAAAAUCAGAGCAACUUAAAAAUUGAAGUGGUGCGUGAUUGUCAGGAGAAGAGAAGUUCUGGUCCAUCCUCCAAUUUGGACAAUGGCAAUAGCUUGGAUGUCUUAAAGAACCACGUCCUAAAUGAACUGAUACAGACUGAGAGAGUUUAUGUUCGAGAACUGUAUACUGUUUUGUUGGGUUAUAGAGUGGAGAUGGAUAAUCCAGAGAUGUUUGAUCUUAUGCCACCUCUCCUGAGAAAGAAAAAGGACGUUCUCUUUGGAAACAUGGCAGAAAUAUAUGAAUUCCAUAAUGACAUUUUCUUGAGCAGCCUGGAAAAUUGCGCUCAUGCUCCAGAAAGCGUGGGACCUUGUUUCCUGGAAAGGAAGGAUGAUUUUCAGAUGUAUGCAAAAUAUUGUCAGAAUAAGCCCAGAUCAGAAACAAUUUGGAGGAAGUAUUCAGAAUGUGCAUUUUUCCAGGAAUGUCAAAGAAAGUUAAAACACAGACUUAGACUGGAUUCCUAUUUACUCAAACCAGUGCAACGAAUCACUAAAUAUCAGUUAUUGUUGAAGGAGCUAUUAAAAUAUAGCAAAGACUGUGAAGGAUCUGCUCUGUUAAAGGAGGCACUCGAUGCAAUGCUGGAUUUACUGAAAUCAGUUAAUGAUUCUAUGCAUCAGAUUGCAAUAAAUGGCUAUAUUGGAAACUUAAAUGAACUGGGCAAGAUGAUAAUGCAAGGUGGAUUCAGUGUUUGGAUAGGACACAAGAAAGGUGCUACAAAAAUGAAGGAUUUGGCUAGAUUCAAACCAAUGCAGCGACACCUUUUCUUGUAUGAAAAAGCCAUUGUUUUUUGCAAAAGGCGUGUUGAAAGUGGAGAAGGCUCUGAUAGAUACCCAUCAUACAGUUUUAAACACUGUUGGAAAAUGGAUGAAGUUGGAAUCACUGAAUAUGUAAAAGGUGAUAACCGCAAGUUUGAAAUCUGGUAUGGUGAAAAGGAAGAAGUUUAUAUUGUCCAGGCUCCUAAUGUAGAUGUGAAGAUGACAUGGCUAAAAGAAAUAAGAAAUAUUUUGUUGAAGCAGCAGGAACUUUUGACAGUUAAAAAAAGAAAGCAACAGGAUCAAUUAACGGAACAGGAUAAGAUUCAGAUUUCUCUUCAGCAGAAUGAUGAAAAGCAACAGGGAGCUUUUAUAAGUACUGAGGAAACUGAAUCGGGACACACCAGCACUGUGGUGGAGGUCUGUGAGGCAAUUGCGUCAGUUCAGGCAGAAGCAAAUACAGUUUGGACUGAGGCGUCACAAUCUGCAGAAAUCUCUGAAGAACCUGAGGAAUGGUCAAGCAACUAUUUCUACCCUACUUAUGAUGAAAAUGAAGAAGAAAAUAGGCCCCUCAUGAGACCCAUGUCGGAAAUGGCUCUCCUAUAUUGAUGAAGCUACCAUGUCAAAUGGCAAGUAGCUCUUUCCUGCCUGCUUCUCAGCUCAUUUGGAAAAAUACUGCGCAAAAGACAUUCAGCUCAAAUGAUGCAGAUGUUGUUUUCAGGUUAAUGGACACACAAAGAAACCACAGCACAUACUUCUUUUCUUUCAUUUAAUAAAGCUUUUAAUUAUGGUACGCUGUCUUUUAAAAAUCAUGUAUCUAAUGUGUCAGAUAUUGUGCUUGAAAGAUUCUCAUCUCAGAAUACUUUUGGAUUUGAAAAUUAUUUCUUCUCUACUUUGUAACCAAAUGCAAUCGGUGUGCCUUGGGAUUAUUUAGUUUAUUAAUGAAUUAAGUUAAAAUUACGGCUGCAAAAUGGCUAAGGUCAAGUAAAGCACAACAUUAUGAUUUAAUAUGCUUUUGUUGAAACCACAGCUUUUGUGCCCAUUAUUUUAACCUAUGUAAAACAAUACAAAGCCCAGAAAUUAUUUUUGGGGCAUGAGUAAAUUUUGUUCAGGGCUACUGUCUGUAUGUGCCCAGAUAAAAUUUUCAUGAGAGUAGUUUACAAAAGCCCUAUUUAAAAAUUAUUAUUUUCACACUUGUUUUUUUCUGGAUUUCUGCUUAUAAUUAAUGUAACUUAAAUUAGUUGUGCUCUGCUAUUUUCCCUAUAUUUCAUGUUGUAAUUCUUUUUUUUCAAAUAAAAAUUGAUUCUUCAGAUUA